GCAGUACCGGGCAGGGCGCCCUGUAAUGGCCACCGCCCCUCGCCCCGCCCCGGCCCGGCCCCGGCAGCGCCUGGCGUGCCGCGGCCGCUGCCGGCCCCCGGCUCUCUCCGCGGCCAUGCGGCUCUGGGGCUGUGCUGCCUGCGUGCUGCUGCUGCUGCUUUUCGCCCCCGGUUCCCUUGGAAAUACCGAUGGAAAGACAAACACAACCGUCAGUAAUACAACCCUUAAUGAGAACUCACACUCUAAGGAGCAAGAGAAUAGCAGCAAUUCAUACAGGCUCUCUCCUACACCAUCCGCACAACCUACAUCUACAUCAAAUACAACAGGUACACCCGCCAAUACCAGCCAGCCCACCAACACCACGAUGUCCACCACUGUGACUACUCAGCGCACCAGUACCAGCCGGACAACAACUUCAACUACAACUUCAUCAGCCACAUCUUCACAUCUCAAUAUUACAAUGACCACUUCCAAGAUCCCUCUCACUUCUGUAACAGCCACAUCAAAAUCUGAGACUGUCGUAGACAAAAAAACAUCCAGAUUUGACGUGGGCAGUUUUGUAGGUGGCAUUGUGCUGACACUUGGUGUCCUAGUUAUUCUCUACAUUGGGUGCAAAACAUACCACUCCAGAAGAGGCAUUCAGUACAGAACCAUUGAUGAACAUGAUGCCAUCAUUUAAAGAGACUUCAGGGAGGACAAUAAUGGAAACCCAUCCUAUCACACUUGUCUUAACUUACUUCUGGAAAGAGUUUAUUUCAUAAAGAUGAUCACCAUCUCUAGAACUGUGGGUUUGAUCCUGCAAAAUGUUGAGAAUCCCCUAAGUGACCUGAUUUUCUUACAUUGGCUUUGAUAACAACAAGAGGAGCUCAGCACUUUUUAGAGGAAGUAUCUUCUUUUUCCAGUAUUUGUAACCAAAUUUAAAGAAUUACGCGUAUUGAGUUGUUUGCAGGUACACACACAAGGCUCUGAAAUGGCUAAUCACUAGCCCAGUAGAUCACAUCAUUACCUUGUUAAGUUCAACUAUUUCUCACAUAGCCCAAUAAAUCCAUUGCGUUCCAUAAUGGAUAUAGUAGAAUAAAUAGGACAGACUGCCUUUGAGACCAAGAAUAGGCAAGUAAAAUAUUUUUUCUUAGUGUUUUGCAUUAAAUUGUAUUUAUUUUGAAGUUUGAUGUGAUCUUUAGUUUGGAAAUCUGGGGUUUUGAACAAUUCGGUUAAUUUUUAUUAGGAUAGUAAAGGGACAUGGUUUGCUUUGCUAGCUGUACAGAAAGUGAUAAGGAGUACUUUAAACUUCAGUCAUUAGCUCACAGUGACCUGUAGAGACUUCCCUUAACAGGCUACACAAUGAAACUAGCUGCAGGAACAACAGGCAGACUGGAGGUACCUAUUCACAACCCCUUUUUAUGAAUGGGUCCUUAUUAUUAAUAAUAAUUUUUAAAAAGACUAUGCAAUCCGUAGCUUCUUUUUUAUAGCAUGUCCUAGUGUUCUGAAGAUAAACUCAGAAUUGUCCCCAUCUUAAAUACGAAAAUUCUUGCUAAAAUUGUUUUUUAAGUUCAAUGUAGCAAUCACUUCACUUGUAGGUUUUUUUUAUUAUUAUGAGAAAGCUGCAUACAAUGUUUUAGCAUUUGACAAGCAUUGAAAGUUACACAGAAAUGGAAAAUCUGUAGGAUAUCAUUUUAGAAGAAUAUAAUCUGCAUUUUUAGAACUAUUUGCUGAACUUGGUACUGCUGUACCCAUGUACAGCAGCCUGGUCAAAAUGCCACGGAAGGCAACAGGGCAUCUCCCAGAAAGCUUUGGAUUAAGUUCCAGGUUACUCUGGGAGUCGUGCGCAAGACAGCUGACGCUGUUUCCAUAUUACUUUUGCAUUUACACUGUGGUAAAACUGCUGCCUUCAGUAGAUGGGCUCCUGAUUUACACUGGUGUAAGGAAAAGUAGAAUGAGGAUCAAGAAAGGCUUCUCAUGCACCUCUUCUACAGCACCAAGAAAUUGUUGGGUCCUGUUCAGGCUCCGUUUGUAGACCUCUCCCUGGAGAUCAGGGUUGGUGCAGUGGGACUUGGCUGUCCUGGUCACUGCUGGGACACGUCCGUCACGCAGUGCCAGAAGGGAGGUGGUGAUAGCUGAGGAAGGUCGUGAAGGGAACUGCACGCGAGUCUGUCACUGGUCAGGGGUGCAACAACAUUGGGGAAGUAGAACUACAGCUCUGGCAUAGACUGAUUUUUUUUAUUUUUUCCAAAGAGCAGUUGAUUCUUACACUUGCUAACCAUGCUAAAAUGGGUGGAUGGAUUUUCUUUUCUUUUAUCAUAUGGAGUACUAAAGCUUUUGUCUGAGGCACAAUCAAGUCCAGCAAGCCAUGGUUUAUGAGUAGUACCAGCCACACUUGAAAUGUAGGUUAUAUGGCUGUUUUGUUUGUUUUUUAUUGUGAUACAGCAGAGGAGUGACUUGAAGUAACUUCUGUGAUUAUUUUCUUUUUUUAAUUAAUUGCCUUGUUUGGUGUUUUUAAUUUUUUUAACUUGAACAGUUUGGAAAGGAUUGUUACAUAGCACUGCAAUUCUUUACUUUGUGGAAAUUAAGAGAAUUAAAUUCAACUCCAUUAUUGGGAUUGCCUCACCUCUGUUGUACAGAUGAAUAAAUAAAGUGAAAUCUUUGGAGUUACUA